CAACCCACACUCCCACCCAACCUCUCCCCUCCCUCCUUGUACAGAGGGAGAGCACAAAAAAAAAUCCUACCAGGGAGAAAGGAAGCAAGAAGAAGAGAGAGACAGAGAGAUACCAGCAGCAAGAGGCAGCCACAAGCCCCAUUUGUCUCCGGGUCUGCAACUGGUGGGCUUGUCUACCUUGAAGAGACUCUAGUAGACCCCUUUUUUCUUGCAGAGAGUGUCUCCCAAGAUAAGAGUGUAUGCAUGUGUCUGGCCAUGUCCUAUCCUCAGGGCUACUUGUAUCAACCAUCUGCUUCAUUGGCUCUGUACUCCUGCCCUGCAUACAGCACCAGUGUCAUCUCUGGACCCAGGACAGAUGAGUUGGGAAGGUCUUCUUCUGGGUCAGCCUUCUCACCUUAUGCUGGAUCUACAGCCUUCACAGCUACUUCUGCUGGCUUCAACUCUCCCCUCCAGUACAGUGGAGACCCAGCUGCUGCCUUCACUUCUUACGUGGGUUCUCCCUAUGACCACAGUACAAGCAUGGCAGGUUCUUUAGGUUAUCAUCCAUAUGCUGCUCCUCUGGGAUCUUAUCCUUAUGGCGAUCCAGCUUACAGGAAAAAUGCUACCAGGGAUGCUACCGCCACUUUAAAGGCCUGGCUCAAUGAGCACAGGAAGAACCCUUACCCCACCAAGGGGGAGAAGAUUAUGCUGGCCAUUAUCACUAAGAUGACCCUCACCCAAGUGUCCACCUGGUUUGCCAAUGCAAGGAGGAGGCUUAAAAAGGAGAAUAAGAUGACCUGGACUCCCAGGAAUAGGAGUGAGGAUGAGGAAGAAGAGGAGAACAUCGAUCUGGAGAAAAAUGAUGAAGAUGAGACUCAGAAAGUAGAGGAAAAGGGGGACACAGAUGUAGAGCCAGUGAAGAGGAGUCCACUGGAGGAUGAGCCAGAUCUUUCAGAACAUGAGAACCUACAGGUUAAAGAGCUGGUCUCAGUCAGGAGUGACUCUGAGGGGGAAGACAGUCAUGAUUUGAUUUCUAAAAUUUCUACUCCAAGCUCACCUCCAACAAUUUGUCAAGCAGGCCAGGCCCAACAGACGCAAGAAGAGCAGACUGUACCCAAUCAUCUUCAUCAUCAUCACCACCACCAUCAUCUUCAGCACCAGCAACAGACAACCCAACAUCAUCUUCACCACCACCACCACCAACAGCACCCAAUAGACCUGGUGCAUAGGAAUACCACAGUCCACCAUGGCCUAGCCACCAGCAAUGUCACCUCAGUGAUUCACUCACCUCCAGCUUCCACCUCAAAGCCAAAACUGUGGUCCUUGGCGGAAAUAGCCACCUCCUCAGACAAGACUAAAGAAAGCAGUGAAGUAGGCCCAGGGUCAACCACAGCCCAGCCCAUGGCUGCUCCAACUUCUUCACCAUCCAGAUCCCCCUCAGCUGCUUGUCAUUUCCCUAACAAUGCAGUUUUAUCCAGACCCCUUUACUACAGCACCCCAUUUUACCCUGGCUACACGAACUAUGGCUCCUUUGGGCACAUCCACCAUGGACCCAGCAGCACCCCAUCAGUCAACAGCAACCCACACUUCAAUGGAUUAACCCAGACUGUCCUAAACAGAGCUGAAGCUCUGGCCAAAGAGUGCAAACUUAGAAACCAGUCUCAAGUAGACCUUUGCAAAGACUCCACUUAUGAAAUGAAGAAAGGUAUGUCUAGCCUUUAAUUGUGGCUUCUCUUCAAGCCCUGGGACUUCCUCUUAUUUAUUAAUGCCUUGUCAUUUCACCAGAUCCCAUCCAGAAUAUUAAUAAUUCAAAGAAUACAAAAUCUGUCAGGCCAGUGCAGGAUCAACUUCCAUCCCCCAACCCCCCUACAAGGAGAACAACCCCCAUUAUUUGUAUCAGUCUGAACCUGUAUAUUUAAUGUAGCAAUUUUUUUUUUUUGUAUUUAAAUGGAUCAUCCCUAUCUUUCCAGUAAAUUAUGGAAUCCGAUUGGUUGUACAGUCAUGGAUGCUGGUUUUUUCUUUCUU